AUGUGUUCAGUGACGUCUCCCGGGAAUGCAAGAAAUGCUGUCCGCACCAAGUGUUCAGUGACGUCUCCGGGGAAUGCAAGAAAUGCUGUCCGCACCAUGUGUUCAGUGACGUCUCCCGGGAAUGCAAGAAAUGCUGUCCGCACCAAGUGUUCAGUGACGUCUCCGGGGAAUGCAAGAAAUGCUGUCCGCACCAAGUGUUCAGUGACGUCUCCCGGGAAUGCAAAAAAUGCUGUCCGCACCAAGUGUUCAGUGACGUCUCCGGGGAAUGCAAGAAAUGCUGUCCGCACCAAGUGUUCAGUGACGUCUCCCGGGAAUGCAAGAAAUGCUGUCCGCACCAAGUGUUCAGUGACGUCUCCGGGGAAUGCAAGAAAUGCUGUCCGCACCAAGUGUUCAGUGACGUCUCCCGGGAAUGCAAGAAAUGCUGUCCGCACCAAGUGUUCAGUGACGUCUCCGGGGAAUGCAAGAAAUGCUGUCCGCACCAAGUGUUCAGUGACGUCUCCCGGGAAUGCAAGAAAUGCUGUCCGCACCAAGUGUUCAGUGACGUCUCCGGGGAAUGCAAGAAAUGCUGUCCGCACCAAGUAUUCAGUGACGUCUCCCGGGAAUGCAAGAAAUGAUGUCCGCACCAAGUGUUCAGUGACGUCUCCGGGGAAUGCAAGAAAUGCUGUCCGCACCAAGUGUUCAGUGACGUCUCCCGGGAAUGCAAGAAAUGCUGUCCGCACCAAGUGUUCAGUGACGUCUCCGGGGAAUGCAAGAAAUGCUGUCCGCACCAUGUGUUCAGUGACGUCUCCCGGGAAUGCAAGAAAUGCUGUCCGCACCAAGUGUUCAGUGACGUCUCCGGGGAAUGCAAGAAAUGCUGUCCGCACCAAGUGUUCAGUGACGUCUCCCGGGAAUGCAAGAAAUGCUGUCCGCACCAAGUGUUCAGAGACGUCUCCGGGGAAUGCAAGAAAUGCUGUCCGCACCAAGUGUUCAGUGACGUCUCCGGGUAAUGCAAGAAAUGCUGUCCUCACCAAGUGUUCAGUGACGUCUCCCGGGAAUGCAAGAAAUGCUGUCCGCACCAAGUGUUCAGUGACGUCUCCUGGGAAUGCAAGAAAUGCUGUCCGCACCAAGUGUUCAGAGACGUCUCCGGGGAAUGCAAGAAAUGCUGUCCGCACCAAGUGUUCAGUGACGUCACCGGGGAAUGCAAGAAAUGCUGUCCGCACCAAGUGUUCAGUGACGUCUCCCGGGAAUGCAAGAAAUGCUGUCCGCACCAAGUGUUCAGUGACGUCUCCGGGGAAUGCAAGAAAUGCUGUCCGCACCAAGUGUUCAGUGACGUCUCCCGGAAAUGCUGUCCGCACCAAGUGUUCAGUGACGUCACCGGGGAAUGCAAGAAAUGCUGUCCGCACCAAGUGUUCAGUGACGUCUCCCGGGAAUGCAAGAAAUGCUGUCCGCACCAAGUGUUCAGUGACGUCACCGGAGAAUGCAAGAAAUGCUGUCCGCACCAAGUGUUCAGUGACGUCUCCCGGGAAUGCAAGAAAUGCUGUCCGCACCAAGUGUUCAGUGACGUCUCCGGGGAAUGCAAGAAAUGCUGUCCGCACCAAGUGUUCAGUGACGUCUCCCGGGAAUGCAAGAAAUGCUGUCCGCACCAAGUGUUCAGUGACGUCACCGGGGAAUGCAAGAAAUGCUGUCCGCACCAAGUGUUCAGUGACGUCUCCGGGGAAUGCAAGAAAUGCUGUCCGCACCAAGUGUUCAGUGACGUCUCCCGGGAAUGCAAGAAAUGCUGUCCGCACCAAGUGUUCAGUGACGUCACCGGGGAAUGCAAGAAAUGCUGUCCGCACCAAGUGUUCAGUGACGUCUCCGGGGAAUGCAAGAAAUGCUGUCCGCACCAAGUGUUCAGUGACGUCUCCGGGUAAUGCAAGAAAUGCUGUCCUCACCAAGUGUUCAGUGACGUCUCCCGGGAAUGCAAGAAAUGCUGUCCGCACCAAGUGUUCAGUGACGUCUCCUGGGAAUGCAAGAAAUGCUGUCCGCACCAAGUGUUCAGAGACGUCUCCGGGGAAUGCAAGAAAUGCUGUCCGCACCAAGUGUUCAGUGACGUCACCGGGGAAUGCAAGAAAUGCUGUCCGCACCAAGUGUUCAGUGACGUCUCCCGGGAAUGCAAGAAAUGCUGUCCGCACCAAGUGUUCAGUGACGUCUCCGGGGAAUGCAAGAAAUGCUGUCCGCACCAAGUGUUCAGUGACGUCACCGGGGAAUGCAAGAAAUGCUGUCCGCACCAAGUGUUCAGUGACGUCACCGGGGAAUGCAAGAAAUGCUGUCCGCACCAAGUGUUCAGUGACGUCUCCCGGAAAUGCUGUCCGCACCAAGUGUUCAGUGACGUCUCCGGGGAAUGCAAGAAAUGCUGUCCGCACCAAGUGUUCAGUGACGUCUCCGGGGAAUGCAAGAAAUGCUGUCCGCACCAAGUGUUCAGUGACGUCUCCGGGGAAUGCAAGAAAUGCUGUCCGCACCAAGUGUUCAGUGACGUCUCCCGGGAAUGCAAGAAAUGCUGUCCGCACCAAGUGUUCAGUGACGUCUCCGGGGAAUGCAAGAAAUGCUGUCCGCACCAAGUGUUCAGUGACGUCUCCCGGGAAUGCAAGAAAUGCUGUCCGCACCAAGUGUUCAGUGACGUCUCCGGGGAAUGCAAGAAAUGCUGUCCGCACCAAGUGUUCAGUGACGUCUCCGGGGAAUGCAAGAAAUGCUGUCCGCACCAAGUGUUCAGUGACGUCUCCGGGGAAUGCAAGAAAUGCUGUCCGCACCAAGUGUUCAGUGACGUCACCGGGGAAUGCAAGAAAUGCCGUUCGCACCAAGUGUUCAGUGACGUCUCCGGGGAAUGCAAGAAAUGCUGUCCGCACCAAGUGUUCAGUGACGUCUCCGGGGAAUGCAAGAAAUGCUGUCCGCACCAAGUGUUCAGUGACGUCUCCGGGGAAUGCAAGAAAUGCUGUCCGCACCAAGUGUUCAGUGACGUCUCCCGGGAAUGCAAGAAAUGCCGUUCGCACCAAGUGUUCAGUGACGUCACCGGGGAAUGCAAGAAAUGCCGUUCGCACCAAGUGUUCAGUGACGUCACCGGGGAAUGCAAGAAAUGCUGUCCGCACCAAGUGUUCAGUGACGUCUCCCGGGAAUGCAAGAAAUGCCGUUCGCACCAAGUGUUCAGAUUUUUUUUCGUAA